AUGAAGCUGGGAGCAUAUCCGAAAACGAAGAAGGAUAACCAACCUAAUCUGGAAUCGACACCGAGAAAUUGCAACUCAUGUUCGCACCCAGACUCUAUGGAAGAUAUGGUGGAAUGCGAAAAGUGUCUCAAGUGGUAUCACUACUCAUGCGCUGGCGUAGAUGAUUCCGUGAAAACGAGUAACUUUGUCUGCAAACUGUGUCCCGCUUUGACCUCGAAAGCUUCUAUUUCCGGUAGAACUUCGUCAUCCAGUAAACGAGCGGCGACUGUGCAAAUCGAGCUACAGCAGUUGGAAGAGGAAAAGAGGUUACGUGAAAGAUUACUUAAGGAGGAAAGUCAACAGGAGAAGGAGCUGCAAGAGAAGGAAAAUGCACUCAAGGAACGAGCCAUUCAGAAGGAAAGGGAGCGGAAGGAGAAGGAGAGGAAAGAAAAGAAGCAAAUGGAGGAGGAGUUUAUAUCCAAAAAGUUCAGCAUGAUGCAGAGUUUAUUGGAUGACAGUGAUUGCGGAAGCGUGAAAUCAGCAAGGAGUGGUACCGGUAAGGUGCAACAGUGGUUACAAGUUCAGCAAAUAAAGACAUCGGAAACAGUCUCCGGAAAUACAAUCAUCCCGACUGUUGUCCCGUCGCAAGCAGACAAACCGAUAACUGACGUCACAACGUAUCCAGCUACCGAACAAACAACUAAAUUAACUCCGUCCAAAGGGAAUCAGCUACUUCUCCCUCAGCAAACGCAAUUAGCAGGAUUGCAGAGUCACCAUGCAACGUCAUCAGAACCGUAUCGUCAGCGUGAAUAUCCAACUCACUCGCAGCAAGGAGCGGCAUCGUCCGCAAAUGUACAGAGAGUUCCCGUACAGUCGGAGGAGAUUUGUCAGGCGUGGCAAAUACAGAAGCAGACACCGCGCGGGGUAUACAUCGAUGCAGUUCAGCAGUCAGCGAUGCAGCCCAUAUCAUCUUUAUGUUACUCUACACAACCUACUAUAGCACAUCCCCCGAACCCAACCGACGUACAAGCGUCAAUAAGGAAUGAGGUAAGCCUACCGCGUCCAUUGUUUGGAGCAUGCCUGACAUCCAGUGUUCAGCCACCAGCAGGUCAGUGUACAGAAAAUGUUCAAUCGAAUUCUAUGUAUCCGCAAUUACACUCAAUGCAAACAAUAAAUUGCCAUCCAUUGACUUAUACAACACCUCGAGCGUAUCAUAAUCACCAACACCCGUCCUCCGUUGCACCCAAUCCUAUGCAUAGUGCAGCGAUUUGUGAUCAUAACGGAACGCCAUCUAUGACUAUUUUAAAUAAUCAACCACCUAUUAUUUCCACAUCGUUAGCCGCAAGUACACCUAUUAAUGUCAAUGUUGGACCGAGCACCCAUCAACUUACCGCACGCCAAGUAGUUCCAAAGGAGUUACCGAUAUUUAGUGGAGACCCUUCCGAUUGGCCAAUCUUCAUCACCAGCUACAACAACUCUACGCAAAUAUGUGGAUAUUCAGAUUCGGAGAACCUUAUGAGGCUGCAACGAAGCAUUAAGGGCUGUGCUCUCGAUGCCGUAAAGUGUUUUCUUUUACAUCCGUCAACUGUCCCAAAUGUUCUCUCCACCCUAUACACGCUCUAUGGGAGACCCGAAAUAAUUGCAAACAAUCUUCUAAAUAAAAUACGAUCGACCCCAUCGCCAAAGGCGGACAAAUUGGAGACGUUGCUGAAUUUCGGACUCAUAGUCCAGAAUUUAUGUGCUCAUCUCAAUGCAGUGAGAAUGGAAAAUUUCUUGAAAAAUCCCAUGCUGCUGAAUGAGUUAGUAGGUAAACUGCCGACAAAUAUACGGUUAGAUUGGGCACUAUAUCAACGCCAAUUCGAAUCACCAGAUCUAGCCACGUUUGGGGAGUUUAUGUCUACGAUUGUCACAGCAGUCAGCCACAUAGUUCCGCCCGUAUUUCAAAGUUCCCACAAAAAUGAACAGCAAAAAGAGAAAAGGUUCAUCAACGCGCAUGUCAUCGAAGAAAACAGCAAUGUAUUCAAUAAUUCUGACAACCAACAAAAACCUUGUCCUGUAUGUCAGAGGAUUGGACAUAAAGUAAAAGAUUGUUUCGAAUUCAAAAAACUUGAUGUCGACAGUCGUUGGAAAGCAGUGCAGCAGAACCAUUUGUGUCGACGUUGUUUAGUGCCACAUGGAAAGCGACCUUGUAAGAGCUUUGUGUGCGGCAUAGAUGGCUGUGAAUACAGGCAUCACAGACUUCUCCACUCAACAAAAUUGCGCGAAAAAACCAAACCGGCAACAACGUCUGGAACAGUCACCCUACAUCAUGAGAAAGGAAAAUGCGUUCUCUUUAGAAUAGUCCCCGUCACAAUAUAUGGAAGAAAUAUUUCCGUCGACACCUUCGCAUUUUUAGACGAUGGAUCGGAGCUGACACUAAUAGACAAGCAGCUUGCUGAUCAGCUUGGAAUGGAGGGUCAGGCCGAUCCUCUCUGUCUACAGUGGACCGGCAAUGUGACUCGUAGAGAAGCCGAUUCGUGUGUUCUUCAAUUAACAAUAUCUGGUCGUGAAGUCAAUAAAAAGUUCCCGUUGAGAGAUGUCCAUACCGUGACUAAUUUAAAACUUCCGAAACAAACGUUGCGGUUCAGCGAUAUGCAAACUCAAUUCCAGCAUUUGCGCGGACUUCCAGUAGAAGAUUAUUGUAACGUUUUUCCGUCUAUACUAAUCGGCUUGAACAACACUCACCUCAUCACCAAUUUGAAAAUACGAGAAGGGAAAUCAAAUGAACCAGUGGCAGCGAAGACCAGACUAGGGUGGUCUAUUCACGGAAGCAUACGAGAUGGUGAUGAUCCACACGACCAUCGUCAUGUGCACGUAUGCACGCGAUCACACGACGAAGAUCUGCACAACCUUGUACAAAAUUUCUUCAAUAUUGAGGGGGCAGGAGUAUCCGCUGUCCGUACGUUGGAAUCUGCGGAUGAUCAACGCGCUCGUGUCAUUUUGGAGCAAACCACAUCGCGCACAGAAACAGGCCGUUUCGAGACGGGGAUACUUUGGCGAUACGACUAUUUGGAGUUCCCAGACAGUCGUCCGACCGCUGAACGCAGGUUAUUCUGUUUGGAGAGUAGACUGAAUAAGCAUCCACAGCUAUAUGAGAAGGUGAGGCUGCAAAUAGCAGAAUAUCUGCAAAAAGGAUAUGCGCACAAGAUUACAGUAGAGGAACAAAAUUUAUCAGAUCCCCGACGAGUUUGGUUUCUGCCAUUGAAUAUAGUAGUGAAUCCAAAAAAGCCAGAAAAGCUACGCCUGGUAUGGGACGCAGCAGCGAAGACAGAACAAAUUUCAUUCAACAGUAUGGUUCUCAAAGGACCAGAUUUUCUGGUAUCAUUACCUGGUGUCCUGUUUCGUUUUCGUCAGCGACAAAUAGCAGUUACUGGCGACAUUCAGGAAAUGUUCCACCAAGUCCUGAUUCGCAGUUCUGAUCGCCAAUCGCAAAGAUUUCUUUGGAGGAAUGAUUCCUCGUUUCCCAUCGAUGUGUAUGAGAUGAACGUAGCGACAUUCGGUUCGACGUGUUCCCCUUGCAGUUCACAAUUCGUGAAAAACUUGAACGCUAAAGAAUUCGAACAACAAUACCCGAGAGCAUCCAAGGCCAUCCUAGAAGAUCAUUAUAUGGAUGAUUAUCUGAGCAGCUUUGAUAGUGUGGACGAAGCAGUGGAAGUGUCGACGCAAGUGAGAACUAUCCACGAAAAGGCAGGAUUUCGUAUGCGAAACUGGUUGUCGAACUCCAAGAAGUUAAUGGAAGUGAUGGGAGAAAAUGCGACAGACAAAUGCAAGCAAUUUACUGUCGAUAAAACAAGUGAAUGCGGGCGAGUCCUUGGUCUACAGUGGAUUAUGGAAGAAGAUGCUUUUCAAUUUACCUUCGGCGAUCGCAAUGUAGUUCAGACUCUUUUCGAGCGCGAUUCUCCGCCUACUAAACGGGAAAUUCUUCGCUUCGUUAUGAGCUUCUUUGACCCUCUUGGUUUAAUAUCAAUGUUGGUAAUACAAGGGAAAAUUAUCCUGCAAGAUGUAUGGAAAUGUGGUUUAGAUUGGGAUGAAGCAGUGCCACACGAAAUAUAUAUUCGGUGGAAACGCUGGCUAGUCUCUUUACGAUGUUUAGAGUUGAUCACGAUUCCACGUUGUUACUUUCCCAUGUACGAUCGAUGUAACUACAAUGAUAUGGAGCUCCACGUCUUCGUAGAUGCAAGCGAGGAAGCUUAUUCAAGCGCAGCAUAUUUUCGAAUUGUGGAACGAGGGGAAGUCAGAUGUGUCUUGGUAUCGUCAAAAACCAAAGUUGCUCCUGUGAAAUCCCUUUCCGUUCCCCGUCUCGAACUGCAGGCUGCUAUAAUCGGAGUCCGUUUGGCGAAGAUGAUCACAGAUUCUCACACCCUGGAAAUUAAGCGUCGUACAUUCUGGACAGAUUCUAGCACUGUUCUGUCCUGGAUUUGCUCGGACCAUCGCCGUUAUAAACAGUACGUUGCCGUCCGAGUAGGAGAAAUCCUGAGCGAGUCAACCAUGGCCGAAUGGAGGUGGGUCCCAUCACAGAUGAAUGUAGCUGAUGAGGCUACAAAAUGGAACCAGAACUCCGUGUCCAGUUCCGAGUCUCGUUGGUUCAAAGCACCUGAAUUCCUGUACGACGAUGAAGAAAGCUGGCCUCGUUCGAAACACGUUGUGACAGAAACAAAGGAGGAAAUCCGUAUGGGUCGCGUACAUCAACACGAGAGAGUUGAAUCUCUUAUCACCUUCGAACGUUUCUCCAAAUACGAACGAUUGAUCAGAGCAGUGGCGUUCGUCUUCUUCUUCGCACGCACCUGUAAAAAAUCGACGUCGAUAAGCCAUCCUCAAGGAUUGUUGCAAGAGGAUUUGAAAAAAGCAGAGACUUAUGUUUACAGACAAGUUCAAGCAGAAGGAUUUUCCAUGGAAUUGACAAAAUUCCAAAGAAAUGGGUCGCAGAAAUGGAGCCAGUUGAAUAAAAAUAGUGUACUAUACAAACUCUCACCGUACCUGGACGAAGACGGAAUCAUUAGAUCUGAUAGCCGCUUCAGCGAGGCUUUAUGUGUGCCUUACGAAGUAAGAAAGCCUGUUAUCCUACCGAAGGACCACUAUGUUACAAGGCUGCUAGUCAACUAUUAUCAUCGUAAAUUCGGACACAAUAACAAAGAAACAAUAGUGAACGAAUUGCGACAGAACUUCUAUAUUUGUAAAAUGCGAGUGGUCGUUCGCAAAGUGGCGAAAGAAUGCAUGUGGUGUCGCGUAUAUAAAUCUACCCCGAAAAUUCCACGAAUGGCACCACUACCAGCAGCCCGUUUGACACCAUACGUUAGGCCAUUUACGUUUGUAGGCCUAGAUUAUUGCGGGCCAUUCCUGAUUCGGCUCGGUAGAUCAAAUACCAAACGAUGGAUAGCGUUAUUCACCUGUAUGACUGUGAGGGCAAUUCAUCUAGAAAUAACAGGCUCUCUCUCUACAGAAUCCUGCAAGUUUGUAAUCCGUCGGUUUAUAGCCAGAAGAGGUUCUCCACAGGAAAUAUAUAGUGACCAAGGAACAAAUUUUCGCGGCGCAAGUAAUGAAUUGAUCAAAGAAAUACGGGGUAUUAACGAAAAACUCGCUGAUACAUUUACUAACACCGCUACCCAAUGGCAUUUCAACCCUCCUGCUUCCCCCCACAUGGGUGGGGCAUGGGAACGCAUGGUGAAAACUGUGAAAAUAGCAUUGACUUCUCUUUCAUUGCCAAAAAAACCGGAUGACGAAAUAUUUUCCACUGUGGUCACUGAGGUGGAAGCGAUGGUUAACUCGAGGCCGCUUACGUAUAUUCCGAUUGAUCCAUGUAAUGGGGAAUCCCUAACACCAAACCAUUUUUUGCUGCUCAGUUCGUCAGGAGUCGUGCAACCAACAAAACCACCAACCGACGAACGUAUUGCUCUUAAAAAUAAUUGGAAUCUUGUGCAGGUUCUACUCGACCAGUUCUGGAGACGCUGGACCAAGGAAUAUCUUCCAACGAUAGCUAAUCGCAGUAAAUGGCUAGAAGAGGUGAAGGCACUAUUGGUGGGAGAUUUAGUCUUGAUAGUAGAUGAAGCAACGAGGAAUAGUUGGACGAGAGGACGGGUGAUUAGGGUGUAUCCUGGAAAGGAUGGUCGCAUUCGUAGAGCGGAUAUACAGACUAAAAGCGGUAUUCUACAGAGGCCAGUUACUAAAUUGGCGGUCCUUGAAAUUGAGGAUAACGGUAUGGCUGGGUCAAAUCACCAGCAAUACGGGGCGGGGGAUGUUGCGGGAGAAGACCGCAGGGCAGAACACAGCCACAUCAUUAACUAA